AUGGAGUCCGGAACCAGGGGCCGGGAUCACGUGAUGAAAGCAGCCAGGAGACAGGAGCGCUUUGUCCCAUCCCAGAGGGGGGAUUACAUCCAGGAGAUGGCCGAGCACUGGAAGGGGGUGGUGGCGGACAGGGCCUACCUGGAGAAGGCCAUGGGCUACUUCCCCAAGUACCAGGAGCCGGUCUUCGUGGUGACCAGCAACGGGAUGGAGUGGUGCCAGGAGAACAUUGACGCCUCGCGGGGGGACGUGUAUUUCUCGGGGGACAGGAAGGAGUCGUCGCCGGGGAGGGACUUUGCUCUUUUGGCCCAUUGCAACCACACGAUCAUGACUAUUGGGACCUUCAGCAUCUGGGCCGGUUACCUGGUCGGUGGGGAGACCAUCUACUUGGCCAACUACACCCUCCCCGACUCCCCCUUCCUCAAGAUCUUCAAGCCUGAGGCUGCUUUCCUCCCCGAGUGGAUCGGGAUCAACGCCGAUCUCUCCCCGCUGCGGAGUGAGACAUCUGGCUAGAGGAGCUCAGUUGGUGGCUGUCGCGGAGUGUGG